UUUUUUCAUGCCCUAUUGGAUAAUUUUGUGCUGUCCUGGUGAUACUUUGCCCCGCUUUGGAAACCCAUGGUUUACUAAAUUGUAGGAUUUUCUAAGAUCAUCAGACAUUUUAUAUCCCCUCUGUUGGACACACCGUUAUUCAAUUAACAUACAUGUAAUGAAUAAGGAACGUGGUUCACACUCAUUUCUUGGCCGGGGUAGGAAGAACAGAGGGAGAGGCGGGGUAAGGUGUCGGUAACUGAGGAAAUUAAAGUGAGGCUAGGUCCCUGGGGUCCGGGUAGGGCAACCGCAGGCUGGCCGCGGUCCAUCACGUUUCACCCCGCAAGGGAGGAGCCAGGGCUCUAACAGGGCGCAAUCGCGGGGGUUGCGCUUGCAGAGUCCUGCGGAAGCCACCCGGCCGCACUGCCCCCCACUCCAGCGAGGGAGGCGCACGGAGAGUUCAGGUCGCAGGCUCUCGCCUCACCAAGGUCUCCGCGGCCCGUUUCCCCGGGCCCUGCGCUCUUCCCCCGCCCAGUCCACAGGAGAGAACGCCCCGGCCAGGGGAAGGCCUAGAACCUGCCGCCGACCGGGAGAAAGGUCGCCGUCCCCACAGGGCGCCGCCGGGCGGAGCCGAGGGUGGAGGUGCCUGGGCAUGCGGGGGCGCCCGUUGAGCUGCAGGCCUGGGCUGUGGUCCUGCCUCACCGCUUCCGAUCCUUACAGGGCCCUAGAGCUCCUGGCCGGGCUUCCUCCGAAACGCGGGAGAGCCGCCCGCCGCCCCGCAAGAGGGCGUCACCGAGUGCCACGGUCACUGUCGCCGUCACAGGCACCCUCGGCCCCACCCCAGACCCGCUCGCGGUCCCUCUCUCUCCCUCACCCGCACCUGCCGGAAGCUCCGCGGGCCGCAGAUUGUCUUUAGCCUGCAAGCAUGGAGGUCGCUCACCUCAGGCCCUACUGUUGCAGGGAGCUUGAAGGAGCUGACAUACUGUCAGACACCUUCUGCUCUAAUGAAGUGCACACUCCGCUACAAACAACUGCCCGUCCAACUGCCUCAGAGGACAGGUAUCAGGAAUUAAGGGAGUCGCUCCCACAAUGUAGGCUUCCAUGGGGCGCUGAAAGGGAAUAUGGAGGGAUGAUACCCACUUCACUCCCCGAGGAACACAGGCCAAAGUGUGAGCCUCCUCGUGUCAGGGGCAAAGGACAUCAGCAUUACGGAUUUGGUGGAGACAUCUGGCCAAGAACGCUUCCUAUUGAACAAUUCUAUUAUUUGACACAGAACAAAAAAAGCAAUGUCUAUGGAAAUGAUUCUUUGAUGCCCAAACCACCUAAUUCAACAGUAGGAGAAAUCUGCUCCCCAUACCCAACUGGACACCCCUACCACACACACAUCUCUCGGGGUGCCAUAUUCCCAACCUUUACCUCACCUCAGGACCUCUACACCAGCAGCAAAGCCGGGAGCCAGCAGCGGUUCCCUCCCACUGUGCCAAUAAAGGCUUAUGACACAACAAAUUGGAAGAUAAGAGGUAAUCCUUACAGAUACAAACUGCUUGAUUUUCCCAUGGAUUCAAAGAAGAAAGCCUUGAGUUGGCCAGGGCAGGGUGUAUAUUAUGAUGACUCUAUUAAGUGUCUAAAAGAAGCCAACAUACGAAGAAAUCUUGAGAGGUCCCAUUGGAUCACUUCGUACACUCAUGAUUUUACAGGUCUGGGGCCCAUGAACCCCCUUGAACUGGAUGAUUACCAUGAAAAGGAGGUAGCAGACUUAACUGGACAAAUAGGAUUUGACCCAGAGCCUCAAGAAAAAUUCCAUGCUGUGUUAAAACCUUCCAGACCCUUGGAAGGACGAAUUGCCCGACUGAUUCAGAACCGACGACCUCUGGAGGCUAUUGUCCAACAAAGACCACCUCCCUGUCCACAUUGUACCCCUAGAGUUUUAUGUAUUUUUCAUACCUUUGUACCCAGUUCUACAGAAAUGAUGGCACUUAGCAGUAACACACUGGCAGGUGUCACCUAUAAAAACCAGGAAAUUGAGGACAAAAUUAAGGAAGAACAAAGUUUGCUAUCUACCUAUGCAGUCCCACCUUGUUACCCAACAAAAGAUCUGACUGACAUCUAUGACAUAAAACAGUUUCCAAAAAUUACAGAUACUAAAAACACAGAAGAUUUGUAUUGGAGACAGCUGCCAUUAAAACCCCAACCUAUACCUUACUGUAACCCAAAACAUUACAUUCAGUAUGAACAUCUGAAAUCUCCCUUACCUGACCAGUAUAUUAUAUGUCAAAACCCUGUUGGCCUUAGUAAGCCUAGUAUUUUACAGAGUAAACUAGACUUGGAAACUUCUGAUUUAGAACAUUUCUUAAGCAAGUCAGAAGAACAGUUCAACUUGAACAUGGAGAACAGUGAGGAAACAAGACCUAUUCUGGGUUGGAUUCCUAGAGCUGGUGUGGCCAAGCCUCAGACUGACCUGCUGGAGCUUAGGAACUCUUUUUCAAAAACUGGUGCACAAAAACGUUUCCAUAAAUCAAUUCUAGAAGACCAUAAGGACCUCAGGGAUAAGGAGUAUUCAGGAAUGAAACACCAAUUCUAUGGCCAUAAUUCCUAUUAUUUCUAUAAUUGAGAUAUUCAUCCUUCCCUUCAAAACCCAGCCUCUUGCAAGAAAAGAAAAAAUAGAAUUUAUUCCUUGUUGCUGGAUUCUGUUUUCUAAAGGAGCCAUAGUGACCUUGUUAAUGAGGUUUAUAUUUUCAGGAACUUAAGUUAGGAUCUGGUCAGAGAAACCCAGAAAAGGUGAUGUUCUUACUUCUUGAAAAGUUUAACAAUUUGGCAAUAAAAUAUUAGAACAAGAAAAACUUGUAGUCUUUAAUCUCAUUUUCAAAGUAUACUACAAGUAGUUUUUUCAAAAGCAUCAUUUUACAAAAAUGAAUAUUUGAAAAAACUCAAAUGCCCAAUAACUGACAGAUGUUUGUACAAACUAUAGUAUCUUAAUAAAUAUGUGAACACUGUCCCUUUUUGUAAAUGUUUGUACAAAAUGACAUUAGGUACAAAAGAGAAAACUCAAAAAAGGCCCAGUUAACUGAGGGAUGGACAGCCAGCUCUACAAACUGCAUUACCUUAAUAAAGUAUAUGUGUGUGGGCCCUAUUCCUUUAUGUAAGUGUGGGGACAAAAAUAAGCCAGUGGAAAAGAUGAAACCCAAAAUGCUCUGCACGCACUCAUUCUAAGUUGGAUGUUUCUUUUCCUUUAACCUUUGGAUAAAGACAUAUAAACAUUUCUUUUAUACAGAAUAAAUGACUUUGUUGUG